AUGGAUCUAGACAAUAUUCACCACACACAUUGCUCUUAUUGUAUAAACUCGUCGUGUGAAAAUGAAAUCUGUAUUAUUGAAAAAUGUCAAUUUUGUCAUAUUCGGUUGCAUCAUUGUAAAAUCGAAGAACAUGUUGCAGAGAUUUGUCGGAAGGUAACAUUUUUUUCUUCUUGACAAAAAUCUAAACUGCAUAUUUUUCCAGGUAACCGUAAAAUGUUUGAACAAUCAAUUUGGUUGUGAUAAAUUGCUAUGUCGAGAUAAAAUGUCAUGUCAUUUAGAAAUAUGCCCAGCAAGUAUUGUUGUUUGUACAAGGUAUAAUUACAGGGUGCGCGCGAAAUAUGUGUGCAUGCGAAAAUUUCACAUACAGUUUUAGUAAUAUUGGCACACGUAGUAAAUUUGAGUAUGGAUUGUUCAAAACAAGUCACAAGUAUCCGAGAAACACCAUUUACAAGAAUUCAAGUCAAUCUCUUCACACAGCGAAAAAAAAUUAUUUUUUUGUACACAAAAAAUUCGUUGCGGAAAUUCAAAAAAAAAAUAGGCGGAGUUUUCCACGUGCAACCCCUGGCAGCGUCUUUCUGCAAUAUUAUUGCAUGUGCGCACGGUUUUUGUGUGUUCUCCCUUUCUGUUUUUUCUUUUUUUCCUUUGUGUGUGCAAACACUUUCUGUUUUGCGCACCGUACCACACGGAAACAGAAAAAAUAAUUUUUUUUCGCUGUGCUUCACUUAAAAUAGAAUCCGGUUUGUAUGAAGUCAGAAGAGAAUUUGUGAAAAUGAGAAAAUAAGAACGCGACUCUUCCUAUUUUUCGGAUAAUGAUUUUGACCAAUUAGAACUCGAGUUUCGUAAAAGUUAUUUAAAUAUGAUUUUGUAGGAUGUCUUUAGACAUCAUUGGCUUACUUUAUUUAAAUUCAUAGAGUUCAUUAUAUCGUUUUAAGAACGAGCAGGCCUACAACAAAAUUCCUCUCGAGGAAUCGGCGAAAUCUGAAUUCAAUCUGAGAAACAUGCUCUAGAGCACUUAAAAGUCAAUAAUUCAUCGUGAUUAUGACUGACUUAUGAUAAUAUGUUCAUAUUACUGCAGUUUGAUAGAAAUAUUAGUUAUACAAACAUUACUUUCGACAAUAAUUGAUUUUUGUCUCUUUUUGGGAAAUUUUUUUGAAAACUUCGCUUUUGUAGGUUGCACUAAACACCAUUUUCAGAAAGUUUUGUGGAACCAGAUAUGGAUUUCUGUUAUGAACACUAUUAGGGAAGGUAAAAUAAAGGUUUUUUGCUGAUCACUUCAAUUAAUAGUCAAAAUUAAGACUUUGAAACAGUCUUGUGAACUUGAAAAUAGCCGCGUUCAUACCACACUCAUUCGAAAACGAUACCCCAAAGGAAAUUAUGUGACUUGGUCUAGGUAUACAAAAUCGGCUUCGGAUUUUGUAUUGUCAUUAGUUUGGCUAAUUUGAGACCAAAUCUCAGCGUGAUCAGACACGUACUGGCUUUAUUAUGACCAAAAGUUCAUGCACACAUAUUUCGCGCGCACCCUGUAAUUAUGACAUUUUAUUAGUAAGAUAACAUAAUCGAGAACUUUUUAGAGAUAGAAGUCGUCGAUGUUGUAUUCAAUCUUCCAAAUUGGAAUUGAAAAAAUUGGGAAAACAAUAUAAGCUUAAUGAGUUUCACGAAAACAUGGAUUUCGAUAUAAAAUUAGCUACUCAAGAUCAGAAUAGCAUUAUCAAAAGUUACCACUCGAGUAGAAAAAUGCGGGUAAAACAAAGAGAUCCGCUGAAUCCAGCACAUCCAUUGAUUCCAUUGCGGGAAGAUGUGAGUUUUUUCAUGGAAGUUUGAAUACCGAUGCAUUUUUUAGCUUUUCGAUUGCUCAGUGAUAGGUCGUGAAGAUGAAGACAGCAGUGAAGAUGAAAAAAGAGAGAGGGUUGGUUUUUUUUUCAAAAAAAAAAUAAGGAAAAAACACUUCCCUCAACGAUAAUUUUUGUCAGCGCGAAAGAAUAAAAAAAUCACGUAUGAUGUUUGCGAAUUGUUACAUGUGUCAAAUCGAUCCAUCCGUCCAACAUUUACACACACUCGGAAAUGGUUCUGAACUUGAAAGACAUCGAAAACGUCGAAUCACAGUGCAAAGUACAGAUCCUUUUCAUCAAAUGCACAAAUUGCACGUAAGUUUUUGUUUCAUUUUUCACUCUAAUUAGAUUUAAAUCAAAAAAUGUUGUUAAUUAGAUGGAUUCCCCACAAAAUAAUUGUUGUGUUUUGAAUAAACAAGCAACGUUCUUUUCAAAAACAACAUCAUUCGAAAUAAAAUAUUUUUGAGGUCUCGAUAGCAGUUGAAAAUAUUCCGGAAUCAACAAUCAAAGGAGAAAAUGUCAGAGAAAUCAAAAAAGGAGGAACUAUUUAUACAAUCAAGUUAGUAUCUCAUUUUUUCGAUAGCAAAUCAAAUAUAUUGUUCUAGGUGCUUGGAAUCGGUGAAACGAAAAGAGUACGGUCAACACGCACUUUCACAACACACUGAGACUGUAGAUCAGGUAGAUCAACUCAUUUUGAGAUGUCCUAAUUGGUAUAAAGGUUGUGAAUUUCAUUCAAGUCGGAUCAAACCGAAACACGGCAAAAUAUUGUGAGUAUUUUUUAUAAUUUUGUAGUGCAACAAGUUUGAUUUCAAUUUCAGAUUGCAAGUGGAAAAUUCUUUAAUAACCCAUCAAGUUGAAAAUGCUCAUCUACCAUUUGUUGCGAAAACAUCUGAAUUGAGGUUAGAUAGUCUGCCACUGUGGGUUUAUGAAGAAUUGAGUGAUUAUUUACCAAGCACAUCAUUGUUGAAUCUAUCGAUGGUUAGCAAGUUAGUGAUAUUUGGAGGAAAAUAAUGAUACGAAUUGAUUUAGAAAUCUUCGACAAAACAUGUUUGUUGGUUUGAAAAACAGAGCAUACGUUGAAGGUAGUUGGCACAAAUCAGAAAAGAAUGGCAAUUGGAGUUAUGGAAGUUUUGUGAGUUUUUUUGGUUUGAUUUUGAAGUUGACUUUCAAAUUUUAUUUUGGUAAAAAUUUGUAAAACUGGAAAGUUUUCCAGUUUUACAAAUCCUUUUUUCACGUCAAAAUUCAUGAUAAAAGUCUGAAAAUAAUAUUAUUUCAUAUGUUGAUAUAUGUAUGUAUCUCCCCCUAAUAUUCAAAGUUAUUUUUUUCAGAAAUGGAAAUUCUGUAAAUCCGAGCCAUCUAUCCCAAUGGAAUCCAAUAUUCCAUCCGAUCUCUCUCAACACAUCUCAACCUGCGAAUUCUACGAACAAAUUGAGCAUACAGAACAAAUGGUGCCAAUUUUCCCUCGUGAACUUGAAACCCGAAUUUGGCACGGUUUUUGUGAUUUUCUGUCCACUCAAGCCAUCAGAGAUGCUGUAUUCGAAUUUGAGUAA